AUUUGACUCAGUACCAUUCAUAUAACGGGUCGUCUCGUGGCGUAUCCUUCGAACGAAACCCCACCACGUUGACAUCUGGGCGCAACCUGCUCCGGCCCAUCUUCGCCGGGUUAAAGACUAUUGAAACAAUCAUACAAGGCCAUUGUGUUCUGCUGUGGGAACUUUGGUGUUUAGCGACCUGCUUGUCUACUUUUCUGAUCUCAUGCUUUCGUGACGGACGCAAAAGUCCCUUGCCAUGCGCCUACACAACGAUAGCUUGACCCCUUUCAAAUUGUUGGUACCUCGAGUACAGGUCUAGGAGGACGGAAUCGUCCCUCCGUCUGCUACGACUCUAUCACCCUGAAGAUGUCGACCUCCGCAUCUCUUCCUUUCAACGUUCAUAAUCACGGCCCGCAUUCUCCCUCUUCAACAGCCCCAGACGUGUCCCGAGGUCGGCCAAAUCCAGCUCACCAUGGAAAUGGAAACCUUCCGUCGAAGCCUCAGAGUCACCAUCGCAAUGCGAGCUUGACUUCCAAUCCUUCGUCGGCCACCACUCUGGAAGUCAAUCAUAGUCAAAACUACUGGGGAGGUCAACUGUUGAACUUGCCGACCGCUGACAGCCCUCGAACGGUUCAGCCGUCGGCAGACUUCAGCAACUUUGAAGAGAAUGCAUCACACCAUGAAUCUUCCUUCGACGACUUCCUGACAAAUGAAGCUUCCUCCGUCAAUCACAUCAGUGAGCAUACAACGCCACAAGAGCUGAUCUGGGAACAACAGUUCUUGGUUCAGGACCCACAACCACACAUACUAGACACUUCCUCUUCCAACACUUGUGAAUCAUCUCACGGUAUCGCAGAGAGCUCAGACAUUGACGAUUUCUUUGGGAGAGGCCAGGAUCCCCUUAACAAGUUCGCUUAUGAAGAAGAGCUGUUCGACACCUCAUCCACAGUGGUCAAGGAGCCAUCAGUGCAGCACUUUGCGAAUGGGGAGACUGUCGGUCAAGCUCAACAUUCAGAGAUGCAUCACCUUGCUAUCUGCUCCAAUCCUGAUCGGAGAGAAAGCUGUCGCACGCUCAGAGUUGAGACGAAUACCCACCGACGCCUCUCCACAGACCAGGCAGUAGGUGCUGGGCAUGUCACGACGUCCACGAUGCGGGCGCGAAGUCCCGUCCUGAUGGUGUCGAGCUACGAUGCAACAGAGCCAACACGACCAGGAAGAGCAGUCGAAGUUCAUGCUUUCACCAAGCGAAGCCGCGAUAGCGAAGAAUUUGACGACGACGAGGCGGGUGUUGUGGUAGCAGCAAACGCUUUAUACAGAGAUGCGAACAUCUCCCCUCACUCGAGGCGUUCUCUUUCCGGUGAUUCGCGACGGGCUGGUUUGGAGCCCCAGCAAAGAGGCGAUGACACGGUCACUUCGAUCAAGGAGCGUGAGGAACAGCGUCACAUAGACGAGAAAAAUGCUGAGGUCCAGACAUGGCUAGCAUCUAGCGAUGCUGAAACUGAAUCUACAGACGCACAUCCCCUUCUGAUACGGCAAAACAGCAGGAGUCGCUUUCGCACAAUAGGCGGCCAGCUCGGUCACUUGAGCACUGUUGGCUCUGACUUGACCAUACCGGGACCUGGGUUGUUGGUUGAGGUAGAUAUUGACGAUGAAUACUUUGAUGAUGAGUCUAUAACAUCUUCUCAGAAGGAGGAGCAUACUGAACAGACCGUCGGAGACUACCACACCGCCGGCUCACCAUUACUGUCACCUAGGGCACUUCAAGGUCGGGAGUCUUCCGACAGCAGUGCUUUUCCGGCUUUGGAUCCGGUAGCUUCGCCCGAGGAACAGGAACCCCUCCCUCAUCAAUUUUACAAGCGUGGCCCAUGGCAAGAUCCUGUCCAAGGCCCUGCCAGUGACGAACAAAGUCAACCGAACUCUUCUAGUGCGGCCGCAUACAAAUUCAAUCAAGAAGCGGCUAAGUGGGAGACCGCGUCGAGGGCAGCCACGUGGGGCACACGGCGGCGACUCAGCGAAAGCGAGAUCAGAUCCAUCGUGGACGGCAGCCAGGUCCGUCACCUCUCUCUCACUCAACGAGGACGCGAACGUGGACAUAGCUUCUUGAACAAGGCGCGCGGUCUAUUGCCGCGUCGGAGCAGUAGCAACAUCAAGCCAGAACCUUCAGCGGACAAUGAAUCUGCAAUGCAAACCCACUCAUCUCGAGGCUCUAUUGGAACCAUCAAACCAGCCCACCGAAUACCGAGCUUCGGGACUUCUCGAUCACCGCCUUUGGACACUGGCAUGGCUCUGAUAGCGAUGACCGGUCAAUUGGCGGCGGUUGGCCGAGGCAAUUCUGUGAAGAAAGAGCCAGGAUUGACCACUGCUUCAAGCUCUUUGCAGACCACAAAGAAGCACCGGAGCAAGAGCGACGUUUCCAAAUCUGGAAAGUCCUCGACGCCAGGACUGAAAGAGCUGUGGGGAUCUCAUGGUGGCCCACCCAUGCUAAAACUUGCAUCUCCUGUGCAAGACCGUGAGUCUAGCUUCGCUGCCCCUGUCAUUGACAACGACGACGCUCAAGCUGACGACGACGAGGAUGAGCUUGCGGACGAGGUUGCCAUCCGCAUGGAUUUGAAUAUUCGCGCGGAGGAGAUUACACCCACGGUCGAAGGUUUCAAAGACCAUGCCGGCAAGCUCAAUCCGAGGCUUGAACCCUUCCUCCUUGACCGCAUUGGUCAGGAACAAGUCCGACGGUACAAGAAAUUGGUCGAAACUAAGAUCAAGCAUACACAGGCUGUGCAGACUCGGAAGAUGUGCGCUUCAGGAAAGCACUGUUUUGAGCUCGGCGGAGAGGCGACUUUGUUGGCACCUAGAGCGAGCAGUAGGGAUCCGGAAACCACCCGGACCCAGUUCCAGGUUAGCAACACCAUCGACAAUGAGAUCGAUGAGAGUGGCUUUACCGAAGGGGUCGUGACUCCUGCCCUAUUCCCUCCUGGUAUACCUCUGCCGCCUGUCAAAAGGUUACCGGCGGAGUUUGAGUGCCCGCUCUGCUUCAAAGUCAAGAAAUUUCAGAAACCAUCUGACUGGACUAAACAUGUACAUGAGGAUAUCCAGCCCUUUUCUUGCACCUUCCCCAAUUGUUCAGAGGCGAAGUCGUUUAAACGAAAAGCCGACUGGGUGCGGCAUGAAAAUGAACGCCAUCGCCAUCUCGAGUGGUGGACCUGCAGCUCCAAUGACUGCGCUCACAUAUGUUAUCGCAAGGACAAUUUUGUGCAGCAUCUUGUGAGGGAACAUAAAAUGACAGAGCCGAAGAUCAAGAAUCGGGGUUCUAGCAGCAGCAAGAUCAAGCCCGCCGAUACUUCGGCAUGGGAUGAGGAUAACGCGGUGGUGCGGAUGAUCGAGUCGUGCCGACACGAGACGACAAAGAAGCCUCGAGACGAACCUUGUCGAUUCUGUGGUAAUGUCUGCUCGAGUUUCAAAAAGCUGUCUGUGCACAUGGGCAAGCACAUGGAGCAGAUCGCAAUGCCUGUUCUUGACCUUGUUGACAUGCGUCAAGUCACGCCGGACACGAUCAUCAGCCCCGUUGAACAGCCUCAAGCUGUAGCAUCAUCUUUUACUACACUCCCUGGCACCGUCAACGCUCUGGAUAUGAGCAAUUUGUCUCCGUAUCCAGUCAGCGCAACCUCGGCUUACCAGACGUCAUCGGCAGGACAAUCACCAGCCUCCAUGCAUGGACGUAUGCAGAAUGGUGGCUUCCAGCUUGAGCAAAGCUACUACCCUCCCCAUACCAUGGCAUCUACAAUGCAGGGUCAAACGGGACCUAGUACAUAUGGUGUUGCAGGCGGGUUCUCCACCGGGACUUUCAUGAGUCCCAAUGAGUAUGUGCAGUCCACGAAUAUGCAGCAGCAACACGAACACAACCUGUCACCCCACACGCCGAUGAUGAUGUCCCAUGCGCAGCAAAUUGCACCGGGCUAUGGCAAUACCAGCUUUGUGCCGCCGAGCGCAAACUACUCGCAACCCACAAUGCAGUCAAUGUACACCAAUACGCCUACCAUGCAAGGGUACAUGCCUCAGUACGCUGCAUCAGUGACCGGAAAUCGUUCGUCGAACCAUUCGCCACUUGGAAUGAACCAUCCCACAGGCCUUGGAAUGCAUACGAUGAACCCACAAUAUGGUUAUAGCGGCCCAGGGACUGGAGGCGACGGGUCGAACAUGCAUUUCCCCUCUUGAGCGAAAGUGUUCCCAAAAGUAUCCGGGCUUGCUGAAGUGAGGCGAACCAUGCUCGGGCAAGAGAGCCCGGAACCUGAUGUGAACUGAUGGAGCAGGUCGGUAUCGGCCCGCCGACGACAUGACAUUUUGACGAAAGUUUUUACGAGGAAGGUCAGUUGAUCAUUCUUUCAGGAUCCAUAUUGUUAGUCUAGAUACCCAGGAGUUUUGGUGUGUGGUUUCUAUAUUAGGGUGGAUGGUCUAUAACACGGCAGUUGGGAGGUCAUGAUCGAUGUUUCCGAAGUGGACAUGUCGCGAGUUUUGGCACCGCAAGGUGCUUUGGAUAAGAUACUCAACCUUGAAAGUAACGCAGUUGAAAGAAAGAAGUUCUUUGCAUGAAGCCACGUCGUCGGCCAAAUCGUGAUUCGAGGGGUUAGGCAUACUGGCGGAUGCUUGACUUCGGAGUCCUCGUCCCAUGACCAUACCUGUGCGAAUUGUCGC